CUUUCUCUCUGGCCCCUCCCCUCAACCGGUGAUGAUUGUUGCGGAAGCGGCUCCGCCUGAUCCGGAUCGCGGCGGGUUUCUCGAGCUGUGUCAGUGAAUCCGUUCCCGUUUCUUAUCCUGUUCCCGGUGACAGUCCUGUGCGCCCGGCCCUCGGCGUCUCUCCCGCCGCAAUGUCCAUCUUCCAGUCGGCCUUCGACUUCCUGGCCGGUUCCCCAGGCCUAGCCGCCGGCCGCGAUCACAACGACUUCGUUGGGCAGACGGUGGAACUGGGCGACGUGAAGCUGCGGAUUAAGCGGGUUAUCGCCGAGGGUGGAUUUGCCUUUGUUUAUGAAGCACAAGAUCUUGGUAGUGGAAGAGAUUAUGCUUUAAAGAGACUUCUGUCAAAUGAGGAAGAAAAGAGCAAAGCAAUCAUUCAGGAAGUUUGCUUUAUGAAAAAGCUUUCAGGGCACCCAAACAUUGUGCAAUUUAGUUCAGCGGCAUCCAUAGGGAAAGAAGAAUCUGACACUGGACAAGGCGAAUACCUUAUACUCACGGAACUAUGUAAAGGCCAGUUGGUUGAGUUUUUGAAGAGGGCUGAAGCAAAUAAUCCACUACCAUGUAAUACAGUCCUCAAGAUAUUUUAUCAGACCUGUCGUGGAGUGCAACAUAUGCACAAACAGAAACCGCCAAUCAUUCAUCGAGAUCUCAAAGUUGAAAACCUUUUGGUCAGUUAUCAAGGCACUAUCAAGCUCUGUGAUUUUGGCAGUGCUACAAGUACAGCACACUAUCCAGACUACACAUGGUCUGCGCAGAAGAGAGCAAUGGUGGAGGAAGAGAUUACAAGAAACACCACACCAAUGUACCGGACACCAGAGAUAAUAGAUCUUUAUUCCAAUUAUCCAAUCAAUGAAAAACAGGAUAUCUGGGCCUUGGGCUGCAUCCUCUACCUUUUGUGCUUUAAGCAACAUCCGUUUGAAGAUGGCGCUAAACUUGGAAUUGUAAAUGGAAAGUACUCUAUUCCUUCGAAUGAUACCAAAUACACCGUUUUUCAUGAUCUCAUUCGUAAUAUGAUGAAGAUAAAUCCUGAAGAGCGAUUGACUAUUACAGAGGUUGUGAAUCAACUGCAGGAGAUAGCUGCAGCUAGAAAUAUUAAUCUUAAAUCUCCAAUUACAGAACUUCUGGAGCAGAAUGGAGGGGUGGCCAACAGUACGGUAGCAAGUUCAACGCCACAGUGGAGCAAACCAGCAGGACCACUGAACAACAUGCACAAUGCAGGCAUUGAAAAUGAUGUACAACACCCUGGGGGGUUGUUUGAUAUCCUCAGAGGAGGCACAGAGCGUUUCCUGACUAACAUCAAGGAUACAUCCUCAAAAAUGAUCCAGUCAGUUGCCAACUAUGCUAAAGGAGAUUUGGACAUUUCAUAUGUUACUUCAAGAAUAGCUGUUAUGUCAUUUCCAGCUGAAGGUGUUGAGUCUGCUAUCAAAAACAACAUUGAAGAUGUUAGAUUGUUUCUGGAUUCCCGCCAUCCAGGACAUUACGCAGUUUACAAUCUCUCGCAACGUACCUACAGAUCCUCCAAAUUCCAUAACAGGGUUUCUGAAUGUGGCUGGCCAACACGACGUGCCCCAAGUUUGCAAAACUUGUACAAUAUUUGCAGGAAUAUGCACCUAUGGCUGAAACAAGAUCAGAAGAACAUUUGUGUUGUCCAUUGCCUUGACGGCCGAGCAGCAUCUGCAGUGGUGGUCUGUUCUUUCCUGUGCUUUUGUCGUCUCUUCACCACUGCUGAAGCUGCAGUGUAUAUGUUCAGUAUGAAGAGGUCACCACCUGGUAUUUGGCCUUCUCACAAAAGGUAUGUAGAAUACAUGUGUGACAUGAUGGCUGAAGAGCCUAUAAUCCCCCAUAACAAAGCUAUCGUGGUCAAAUCAAUUGUGAUGACGCCUGUUCCAUUAUUUAAUAAACAACGUAAUGCUUGCCGUCCGUUCUGCGAGAUAUACGUGGGUGAUGAACGAGUAAUGACCACUUCUGAAGAAUAUGAUAAAUUGAGGGAAUUUAAAAUGGAAGACGGCAAGGCAAUAAUUCCACUGGGUUUAAAUGUCCAAGGUGAUGUCCUCAUUGUGAUUUUUCAUGCCAGAUCAACACUUGGAGGAAGACUACAAGCAAAGAUGACUUCAAUGAAGAUGUUUCAGAUUCAAUUCCACACUGGAUUUGUGCCUAGGAAUGCUACAUUGGUCAAAUUUGCAAAAUAUGAUCUUGAUGCAUGUGACAUUCAGGAGAAAUAUCCAGACCUCUUCCAGGUAACUCUGGAAGUAGAAGUAGAGGCACGUGACAACAUCAGCUGUAAUAUGCCACCGUGGGAAAACUUAAUGACAAAGGGACUCAAUCCCAAGAUUCUCUUCUCCAGCCGCGAAGAGCAACAAGAGAUGUUAUCUAAAUUUGGAAAGCCUGAGCUACCCAGACAACCAGGAUCAACAGCACAGUAUGAUGCAGAGACCCCUAAAUCGGACCAAGCUUCACAAAAUACAAGUGAAGAUGAGACAUCACAUCAGAACAGCGACACCUCCAAUAGUUUUUUUGAAACACUAAAUUGGGAAGAAGCAAAAGAAGACUCCAGGGCCACAGAAGGACAGUCUCCAGAUGAAGGUCACCCAAGUUUGGUGGAUGAAAGUGGACCAUCGGAUGAUGAUUUUGCUGCUUUUUCCAGUGAGCGCAGCACAGUGAAUGUUGAUGAGCCAGAAAGUCCAACUCAACCAGAACAAGCAAACACUGUAAACUUUUUUGUUGAAGCAGAUUUUGAAGGACCAGCAGAGCAAGCCACUGAAUCUCCUACCGAGGACAAUGUGGAUUUACUUGGACUGCAUAGUGAUGUCCAGUCUGACAUUGCCCCUCCUACAGCAGAAAUUAAGAGUUCAUCUAGCAAUGCUGACCUGCUGAAUGAUUUGUUUGCUGGUGGUCCACCAGAAAUGCAGCAGGAAUUCUCAGCUGACCUUAUUGGGGGAGGGGAUGAUUUCUUUUUCGGUGGGGCACCUCCACCGCGAGUGGAACCAGUUCCUGUACCUUCUGCAGUGCACGUUUCAGCAGCAGACUCAUUUGAUCCGUUUGGUGCUGCAUUUUCAACAACCAAGCCUGACCAAACUGAGCCAGAUUUAUUUGGACAGUUUUUCAGUCCUGGUGCUCCUGCUUUUUCAUCCACAAAUGGCAUGCCUCAUCCAUCCUCGAGUUCAGAUUUCUUCAGUAUGGGAAAUACACCACUUGAGUUAUCUAAAGUAUCAUCAUCUGCCAGUCAACCGGACCUGAUGAGUGGCUGGGAUGCGUGGGCUCCUAGUAGCAGUACAGUUCCCCAGCAGAAUAACAAGACUGCGUUUGGAGCUACAGCUCAAAGCUCAACUUUUACUUCAGCAUCAGGUUCUGCUUCUGGUCCUUCAUCAAGUACGUCAUUUGGUCAUUCGAAGUCACAGAGCUUCGAUCCAUUUGCAGACAUUGGUAACCUUGGUUCCAGUUUACCAGGUUCCUUGAGUGGAGGGUUCACAGCUGGAGGAACAUUCACUCAGAAAUCUGCCCAGCCUGCAUUGAGCAGUGGUUCAUGGCAGGCAAGCAAUACCACUUCACGACAACAGGCACAGCAACCAAAGCCUCAUCAGCCCAGGCCAGCAUCCCAGACCAAACCUAACUACAAUUUGAAUUUCAGCGUGAUGGGAAGACGGGAGGAACGAGGCAUCCGUGGACCUGGAUUUGGACCAAAACCAAAAGUUUCUGCAAACGACUUUAAGGAUCUGUUGUCUGAGCAAGGAUUUUCCAGCACAAUGGACAGAAAAGAACCAAAGACUAUUGCAGAAUUACGGAGAGAAGAACUGACAAAAGAAAUGGAUCCUCUGAAACUGAAGAUCUUUGACUGGAUUGAAGGAAAAGAGAGAAAUAUAAGGGCUUUACUGUCAACGCUGCACACAGUGCUAUGGGAGGGUGAAACCAAAUGGAAAACUGUGAGCAUGGCAGACCUAGUACACCCAGACCAAGUGAAGAAAGUCUAUCGGAAAGCUAUACUUGUGGUUCAUCCGGAUAAGGCUACAGGUGAGCCCUAUGAACAGUAUGCCAAAAUGAUCUUCAUGGAGCUGAAUGAUGCUUGGUCAGAAUUUGAAAACCAGGGAUCAAAGGCACUCUUUUGAAGUAUCAAACUUGUGAAUAUAAUUGAUGAGACUGCUCCAAGUGUUAUGUUGGUUUGUUUUUAUCUUCUCCUGGAACUGCCACUGCAAAAGAUCGUCAUAUCUUCAGUUGUCUUAAAACUUCUCUAUCAAGAAAUGUUACUGCAGAGUUGUAGUUUAAAAUGUAUGGAGCUCUUCCUACAAACCCUUUAUUGAUGCACUUCCUGCAUCAUUAAGACAAUCCUUUUCUGCUACAGGGUGAUGGCAGAGCUUAGAACCCUCUUAAAGACCACAUUUUUAUCUUCAAAAUCAUUGCAGUAAAUAUUCUGUUGAAACCUGUUUGAAAAUCUAACCUGUUUUGACAGAGAUAAAAUUGCAAGGUUUAAAUGUUGGAGAAGGCUUCAAAGGAAGAAUUAAGUAGUAUGAAGACCACUUAUAAAAAUGUACAGUGGUAGGCUUGUUAAGUUUAAGCAGCAUAUUCAACAAUGCCUUGCCUUUAAAAGUUGGAGAUGAAGCAUUCCAGCUGGCAUGUUCACCCCGCCUGACCAUCUUCUGUAGUCUUUGUUCAUGUUUGCCAUAUUUUGUCUGCAAUUUUAUCAUGGUUACCUUAUAAUGAAUACAGUUAACGGUCAUCUAAAAGGUUAUUGGCCAGAAGUGAUGUUUGUUUUGUUAGCCUUUGUGGACUAUAAUUUAUUUCUUUCUGAAACUUGAAAUUUCUCAGCAAGCUCCAACUUUCUCACUUUCUUGUUGAUUUCUGUAAUAAUGUAAAUUUUAAUGUUUAUGAGUAAAUAUUAUGUGCUGUAAAUUAAGGCAUUGACAUACUUUGAAGCAUUAUAUUCCUGCUGCAAAUUUUGACAACUAUUGAAAAUGGUCAUGCACCACACUCUAAGGUUUAGCAUGUCAAUGCUGCAAUUUUAGCAUGUGGGUCUUCAUAUGUCAGCCAACACCUGUGAGAAAUGAUUUGUAAUAAUUUAAAGUGAAGUGAAUGUCAGUUGCUUUUUCCUUGUAAAAAUUGAAAGUGUUUGCAAUUUAUGCUCAAGCCACCCUUUGUUUGAUUAUCUACUAAAUGCUCUUUCCAAGAAGUGAAAUUUAGGAAACUAUUGCUUUGUCAUAUACAUAAAGGAGAACAUCUCGUGAUUGAUUUUUCAUUCAAAGGUCCUGUUUUAUUUGCUCAUUUUUGUCCAGAACUGAGUAAUUUUCUUUUCUUCCAAAAAAAAAUGCAUGGUGAAGCUGCUCAGAACUGAUAGAAUUGCAAUAUCAAAGUCUGUUCUCUCCAAUUGUUGUUGUAAAAGCUGGUUUGAGUGCAGCUGCAAAAAUGCUAAAUUCCAAGUCUGAAUAUGGCAUUUUGAUCUGAAGUGGUUUGCAGUUUAGUGGAUUUGGUGGAGUGUGUUUUAAUUCAUACUGUGGUACACAAUCUCUGCACAUUGAAUUUAGCUUACUCCAGAGACAAUACCAUUUGACAAAAAUCAAGUUUGUAAAUCUAGAUCAACUAGGCACAAUUUUUAAUGAAAAAUGGUUCCUGAUGCAGCCAUUUAGUCAAAGGAUGAGAAUUAUUACUUGGCUAUUGGUUAAUGAAGAAAGGCAAGGGAGAAUCUUUAUUACAAACACUUACAAAUAUUGAGUAUGAAAACAUGGUCAUAAAAUGUGGUAUUCCUAAUAUUCCAUCAGUAUUUAAAAGGUAAUUUUAAAAUCAUUUGUUACCUCUCUGUUCCUUUUUGUUGCCUCCAUGUGUCAUACUUCAGGCAGGAGGGUAGAAAGAUGCUGUUCCGACUUCUACAUUCCAGCCAACAGUGCCGUUGCAUUUUAUAAAGUACAUCUCACAGGUGCUUUCUUUUUCUAGUCCGGAGGGCGAUUCUCACGACCCCAAGGGAAUUUGUUUAGCAAUCUGGUGAAAACUGUCAAGGAUUGAAUUUUAUAUGUAAAUUUAAACCCAUAUGUUCAACGUGGGUUGUCGUAGAGCUUCCACACACAACCCUAGAUUGCACAGCAUUUAAACAAAAACACAGCAUUUCUGAUAUCAUUGUGAGGUCGGCCUGAAGAAAAAGUGUGUCCCUUGUGAGAAUUCUUUCAUUGAGCUUUUCUGACAUGUUUUUUGCUUGAGAAUUACAAUGAACAAAGAUAAUGAUGUGGCUUAUGAGGUGGUUUCACAGCUGAACUGUUUACAUGUGCAGUGAACACUACUGUUGAACUUGAAACAUUAAACUCAUAGCACCUGUUUUUGGUAUUAAUUUAAAAGGCAAGGGCUGAAAUGUUUGCUGGGAGAGUACAUGUCAAGACAGAAACAGAAUCUUGAUUUUUCUUUGCAUAUUUGUACAUAUUGGCAGGUAAUUGUUUAAUGAAGGAUACAUAGUGUAAUUUUAUCUGGGAAUACCUAGUUGAAAUAGCAAGUGAUGUAUAGUAGGAAUUUUGUAUUGCUGGAUGAGACACUCCUAAAAUGGCAGGUAUGAAAUUGGGCAUUGCUGUCAUUUAAGGAAUUCGAAGAAUGAAUUCCAAGUGCAAAAUGAGAUAUAUUUGCUCUUCUAUUGACCUUAACUUAUGGAAAAUAAUGAUUUGGUCGCACAAUUACUUUUAAAUCUAACAUAGUCUUAAUCUGUGUGAUUCUUCUGGGAUAUAUUGAAGGGACUUGCAGAAAAUAUUCUUAUUUUGGACAACUACCAGAAAAUGUGUUUCACAAGUUGCAUUUUUUAAAUAUGGAAAUAUUGUAUUAUCUAUAGAUUGUACAACAUAUAUAUAUAUAUAGAACAAAGUAAAUUGAAACCUCAAACAUUGUAAACAGGGAUCCAUGUAAUAAAUACAAUGUAGACUCUGUUAAUUUAGUCACAUACAUCUUUGGAAAUAUAAGCGUCUUACCUGUGAAUUGCAUUUAUGGCUAAUAAAACAGAUUGAUCUUC